CCCUCGUUUAUCUCCAUGGAUUUAAUCUCCGACUUGACAACACUUACUUGUACGGUCCCAGACAAAGUAAUCUGUCCAGACCUCGGAGAGCUUUUGGCAGGAGAGUCAGAGCAGAGCUACUACAGCGCACAGUCUCUAGAAAUCCCUGUUGAAGCUGCUGCAAAUAUGGGUCGUCAGGAGGCCGACUAUGUGUGGAAGAAAAACACUGAAAACAUCCAGGAGAUUUUUGACUUCAUGGAAGAGUUGGGAUCGGGGGCUUUCUCAGAGGUUUACAUGGUAAAAGAGAAGAAGACAGGAAAGAUGUUUGCCAUGAAGUGUGUGAAGAAGAAACAGAAGAGAGACCUCAAUCUGGAGAAUGAGAUUGCCGUUUUGAGGAGGAUCAAACAUGAGAACGUUGUGGGGAUGGAGGAUUUCUACGAAAGUCGGUCCCAUUACUAUCUGGUCAUGCAGCUUGUUUCUGGUGGUGAGCUCUUUGACCGUAUACUGGACCGGGGGGUGUACUCGGAGAAGGAUGCCAGCAGUGUGAUCCAACAGGUUUUACAGGCGGUCACGUAUCUGCACCAAAACGGCAUCGUGCACCGUGACCUCAAGCCGGAGAACAUCCUCUACUACAGCCAGGACGAGGACUCCAAGAUCAUGAUCAGUGACUUUGGCCUCUCAAAGAUGGUCGAUAACGGCAUUAUGUCCACAGCCUGUGGCACUCCAGGUUAUGUAGCUCCUGAAGUUUUGGCACAGAAACCUUACAGCAAGGCAGUGGACUGCUGGUCUAUCGGAGUCAUCACUUAUAUCCUACUCUGUGGAUACCCCCCAUUUUAUGAAGAAACUGAGACACGACUCUUCUCUAAGAUCAUGAAGGCGCAGUAUGAGUUUGACUCACCCUUCUGGGAUGACAUAUCAGAAUCUGCUAAAGACUUCAUACGUAACAUGAUGCAGAAAAAUCCCCACAUGCGCUAUACUACAGACCAAGCGCUCCGACAUCCCUGGAUCAUUGGAAAGACAGCCCGCAGCAAUGAUAUCUACUAUUCUGUCAGCAUCCAGAUUCAGAAGAACUUUGCCAAGUCCAAGUGGAAGCAAGCCUACAAUGCUGCUGUAGCUAUAAACCACAUGAAGAAGCUGCAGCUGGCCCACUCAGAGAUGGUCCUGAGGCAGGCCAGUAUCCCAGACAUUAAGGUGACCGACCUGUCCUCCCCAACUAAGCAGCGCAAACGUCCAGACAGGCUCGACCCAAAGGCGGCAGAAACUAGUGGAAACACAAAUGGGAAAAAUCAGAUCACCCUUCCCCCAACUCCCAUCGAACUAAAGAGCCACUUCCACUCGCUGAAGGCCAGUCAAAGUCAGACCACUCCACACCACACACCCACUAUCGCUGAGCAGGGCAAGAACGUGUACCACUCAGAGCCCGCCAAUCUUAACGGGUACGCUAAGAACCGUAAUGGCAAGACUGUCCAGACUGGAGUCUGCUCUGUCAUGUGAAAGCUGGAGGAAGUUCACAUGGAAGAAACAUUUUACUUGGUCAGUGUUGGUGUGCUGACUCAGCUUGCAGCUGUUUAGUGUCGGCAGCAGCUCCCCUGGUACUGAGGGUGAAACAUGGUUGAUCCUCUGCUUUGUGAAGUUCACAUGCUGUAGGAUGUUACAUUUUUUUGGAAAGAGUGCCUAUGAAGCUACCCAACUACAUCAUGAAGCAGCACCCAAACACACAUUUGCAGUACACAUUCAGAUGCACACAAUGCACCUUAACUCAGAUGCACAGGGUAGAGUUGAAUUAAAUGAGAUAUUUUGCACAGUAUUCGAAGGGUUGUUCACUUGUUACUGGCCUCCUCUUGAAUGUUUAUCACAUUUACCGUGAGGCAGACUUUAACCUGUCAUGUAAUGAACACUCUAUGUUUUUUUGUUUAUUUCUUUGCUUGAAAGGGGUGGGGGUUAUGUGUACAGGUUUCUUAGAAUCAUAAGUACAUGUUUUAAAAAUACCAUUAUUCCACUGAGUAAAAUGACUGUACUUUAUCAUUUGUAAUGCAUCUGCAAACUGUAAGUGGAAAACACAAUGCUUCCUGCUUUAAUUAAGCCAUAAAUGUAAGUUAUUCAAAUAGUAUAUUAUUUUUUAUUUUUUAUUUAUAUUCUAUAUUCUAUAUUCUAUAUUCUAUAUUCUAUUACAUUCAUUGUGUUCUGUUUUUAAGUGUCUGUUUCCUUUUUAAAAAAAGAAAUAAAGAAAAGAAGAAAAAAAAAAAGGAAGAGCAUCACAGCCAUAAAACAUUUUAAAACAGUGUAAAUGCCACAAGUAUACCCGGAAUUUGCCAAUUCAUGGUCACAAACAUUCACUUUGCUGGAAUAUAAAAUGUCCAUGUUUAUACCCACUGAUAAAAAUGUUUGUCUGCACUUUCUGCUUUCUGUCGAUCCAGCUGUAUGUGGCUUUGUAUUGAUGUAUUCAACAGAUGUUCAUCUAGUCUAUGUAUUAUGAUUCCUGUGUGCUCAUAAAUAAAGCCUGCUCAGAACCAA